GAGUGAAGUGGAAGCACUGCAUUAUUGAACAAGCCUGAAGUUGUUAUUUAUUGGCAAAAACUUUUUGGCAUUGACAGUUCGUCAAGGAAUAUCGUGGUUGUUGCACGUGGUAUUUGCUCGUUAGUCUAAAUUUCCAAAACAAGAUGCCGAACGUAGUCUUCUAUUACUUCCCCGUGAAGGCUCUGGGUGAGCCAGGCCGUAUGCUGCUCGCGUAUGGCGGUCAGGAGUUCGAUGAUCGCCGGAUACCUAUGGAGCAGUGGCCUGAGUUUAAACCUUCGACCCCCUUCGGUCAGAUGCCAGUGCUCGAGAUCGACGGUAAAAAGUACGCUCAGAGCACGGCCAUCGCACGUUACUUGGGUCGCAAGUACGGACUUGUUGGCAAGGACAUUGAGGAAGACUUCGAAAUCGACCAAAACGCCGAGUUCCUGAACGAUAUUAGAGCGAAAGCGGCAACGGUACAAUACGAAGCGGACGAGGCACUGAAGGCUAAGAAGCACGCGGACUUCUCCGCGAACGUCUACCCGGCGCUGCUGACCAAACUCGAUGAGAUCAUCAAGAAGAACAAGGGACACAUCGCUCUUGGAAAGCUCACAUGGGCAGAUUUCGUGUUCGCGGGCAUGUUUGACUACCUCAAGGUGAUGCUUCAGACGCCCGACCUCGAACAGAAGUACCCCAGCUUCAAACAGGUCAUCGACAAUGUGUUGGCUAACCCUAAGGUCAAGGCUUACGUCGACAAGGCGCCUGAAACCACUUUCUAAAACUACCCGCACAAAAAAUCUUAUUUUAUUUUUCUUCAAAUAUUAACUCUUUUAUGGUCUUUCAUUAUAAUUAUAAUUUCAGUACCUAUUUAAGUGCCUUAAAAGUAUAGUGGCCGGCAAACAACUUGAGCAUUAACGUGAUUGGCUGGCGUAUGCACGCGAUUGGUUGAUCAGUCGGCGCGAGUGCACGCGAUUGGUUGAUACGUCGAUUCUCGCUUCCCGGAUUCGCCAACUUUCUCCCACUACGCUGCUUCAGGUCCAAGUUGUUUGCCGUGCACUAUAUUCAAUGUAUUACAUCUAUUACUCGUAUCCCAUUAUCUAUAAAUGUCUAGAAUUAUUUAUAUAAGACUUGUUAAUUGAGUAGUCUAAAUACACUUAGCAAUUCUACUUGGUCGAAUAUUAAAUAACAUGUAGUUAUACCGUUUUACUAAUGGCUCGUGAGUAAAAUGAUACUUGUGCAAUUUAUUCACAACUGGUACUAAAAUAAAAUGUACUAUAUACCUAAUUUAACUGUUCUCAAACAAAAUAAUCCUUAUGUAAAUUACUCAAAACUGGUAUUAAAGUAAAAA